AUUCAAGAGGAUAAAUUGUGUGAGAGACCGUAAGUAUUUAUAUAAUUUUUUUAUUUCUUAAAUAUGUCUUCAGUUACUUAGAUGUAUUCUUUUUACAGUAAUUCGUCUCAUACCUCGAGACCUCGGUAUACGCCUCAUAUUUUGGGAAGAAGAUUCGCUUUGACAACAACAGCUUACAAAUAUCUUGAUGUUGGAAUCAGCGUGGGACCUGUGUCAUCUGUAGAGCUGCUUAUUGGUGACAACCGAGGAAAUCAAAUAAUUCUGCCUUAUGCUGGUUGGAAAGCGUUUGUCGAAAGACGUGCUGACAUCGAACAACACUUGCAGUCUGCUGAGGUAUCAUCAUCAUCAUCGCUAAAGAUUCACGAUUUGACCGUACAACUUGUAAAAAUGUACAUGAUACAAAAUAGUUUAUAA